ACAGUAUCGUCAACUCAUCAGAAUCUUCGGGAACCCUUGGGCAAACUUCGCCCCGGCUCAUUCGGUUCUUGUUGCGUUCUCGGUAAUCCUCGCCAAACUUCGACAGUUGGCUGAACCGGCUCAAGCGGUUCUUUUUGAGUUGGACGUUGCUAGUUCGGCUGUGCGUCCGGCGUCAUCAACCUGUUCGAUUCAGUUCGAUUUGUGAACCGGCUCAAAAGAACGAUUCGUUCAAGAUCCGAACAUCACUAAUUUUGGACUCUGAAGGCUGACUGGCACUGAUACCCUACUGAUAUUUAGAUCUCAUAUAGGAAGCCGCUUCAGAGUUUGUUCGAUAAAAAAGAGAUUUUGCUUCUAGUGUUUUGUUUUAUCAUUAGUAAACACCUCGAGCAAAUUUAAGAAAGUUCUUGGAUCCUCAUAUUUUCCCCUCUGUUCAUCUGGGAGUCGAAUGGCUUCUGUUGUUACAGUGAAGAUAGAGAAGCGUCCUUCCCAUGACUCUGAGGAUGGCGACACAGUGGCUAAGAAGGCCAGGAAGUUGUUGCCCAGCCUGAAGACGAAGCGCGCCCCUGAGCUGGUGCUGGUGAUCGGCACGGGGGUGAGUUCAGCCGUAGCUCCUCAAGUGCCCGCGCUGCGCUCCUGGAAAGGUCUGAUCCAGGCGCUGCUAGAUGCUGCCAAUGACUUUGAUCUGCUUGAGGAGGAAGAGAGCCGCCGCUUCCAGAAAAGUCUGCAAGAGGACAAAAACCUGGUGCAUGUUGCUCAUGACCUUAUCCAGAAACUUUCACCGCGGACGGGAAAUGUACGCUCCACCUUUUUUAAAGACUGCCUCUACGAGGUGUUUGAUGACCUGGAGUGUAAGAUGGAGAACUCUGGGAAGCAUCUCCUCCGCUCCGUGCUGCAGUUGAUGGAGAGCGGCGCUCUGGUCCUCACCACCAACUUUGACAAUCUGCUAGAGAUCUACGCUGCCCACCAAGGGACCAAGCUGGAGUCUCUGGACCUCACAGAUGAGAAGAAGGUUCUGGAGUGGGCUCAGGAGAAGAGAAGACUGAGCGUACUCCAUAUUCAUGGUGUUUACACCAACCCCAGCGGCAUCGUACUGCAUCCUGCUGGCUACCAGAACGUUCUGAGGAACACCGAAGUCAUGAGGGAGAUCCAGAAACUCUAUGAAACCAAGUCUUUUGUGUUCCUGGGCUGCGGGAGGACAGUGGACGACACCACCUUCCAGGCCCUGUUUCUCGAGGCGGUCAAACACAAGUCUGACCUUGAGCAUUUCAUGCUGGUGCGGCGAGAGGAUGUGGGAGAAUUCAAGAAGCUCCGAGACAACAUGCUGGACAAGGGCAUUAAGGUCAUCUCGUACGGCAACGAAUACGCCGACCUGCCGGAGUACUUCGAACGACUGGCCAAUGAGAUUUGCAACCGGGAUGUGGACCGGGACGUGGUCACCAAUGGCUGGGGAUCGCCCAUCUCACAAGGCGAAGAAAGUCAGAAUGGCUUUACGACCCAGAAAAACCUCCUGCAAGUGCAUGCUUCUAGAACGAUAGAAACAUGAAUGCAGCACGAGGGCUUCUGUUGUUGUUUUACACUCCCCUUCCCACUCUACUCCUCUGCACCGUGGCUUCCCGUGAUGAAAUCAGCUGAUGCGCACUGUGUUGUAACGAGAUCUUCAUUGUAGCUCUUCCUCUCUCCCUGUCCAGACUACCACUCAUGACACAAGUGGCAGUCUGGGAACGUUUCCACAGCUCCGCCGCCCCCUUCCGCUCGGAUCUGGUAUGACUAGAUCUUCACGCACAACAGACUCAUUUCUCAUACUUAAACCGAGCGCUUCACACGGGAAAGGCGUCAGUAAAAGCACCACCAAGCAAACUGUGAACUCCUGCAACUCGGAAAAUGUUUAUGAAACUCUUCAUGUGAGUGAGGGAGAAUUAUUUUUAUUUUUAUUAUGUGGUUUUAAGUGAAGUUGUGGACCAAGAAUGAUGUUCAGGACCAGUCUGAUCUUAAACAUGAGCUGUCAGGAGUGUUUUAGCAAUGCAGUCUCACUUCCCGUUUUUCACAUCAGUAAAUAGUUAAUACACCAGCAAUAUUUAAAUGGACAUUUCAUCAUAAUUUUGUGAGGUUCACACAACAACCAUGUCAUAUUUCACCCCUAAAUAAGUGUGUGUGUGUGUGUAUAUAUUUUUAAAAUAAAUUUUGUGACAUUUUUAUUACAUUUAAACUCUGUCCACCUUUAGAUUCUGAUUACGGUAAUGUGAAAAUCCCUCAUUUCUGUGAAAAAAAAAAAAAAAGAUUUGUACUAUUUACAUAGUACAGUACAAUUCUGUUUAAUGAUAUCAUUUGAUGUACUGAAUAAUUCAUUAAAAUACUGAUUUUAAUAAAA